CCCAAAUGCCGUCAUAUCGAAUGAAAGCAAAGCGCAUUACUCGAGCAUGCGACUUCUGUAAUCGCCGUGGUCUCAAGUGUAGAGAGGAAACUACAAACACAAAUGGAAACGAAUCGCCAUGCCUCACAUGCGUCGACUAUGGCCAGGAAUGUACGCGAAAUCGGCAGCCCAAGAAGCGGGGCACGAAGCCUCGAGGAUCCUUGACUAGAACUGUCCAGGAAACGACGUUGGAUCUCUCGAGUGGACUCGAAGAAUUUACAACUGUCGGUGGUGUGUCGGGGUCUCGAGCUUUGAGGAGCCGAAAGAUUAUCACGGCGCUCCUUGAUGUAUACCUCGACACCAUUCAUCCAAUGUUCCCUUUCUUCUGCGAACGUGAGAUUUGGGUCGGUUGGAGAGAAGGGUCAUUCCCUGGCGAUGCUUCAGACUACAUGAGCCUCAUGUGCAUGUGUGCGCUGAGUGCCCAACACGUUGGCAACGGCGCUUUAUUUACCGAGGAUGCCUCAACAGAGCCGGCGACAUUUGCUCAAGAUUAUUUGAGUGAGGCAAUAGCCCUCGUUCCAGUGGAUUUUGAAAGCGCAAGUCUCCUCAAUUUAAUCCGCUCAUACGGAUUCCUGGCUCUCCUAGGAGCUCAAAAUGGCAACAGCGCCAUGUUGAACCAGUACCUGGGCCUAUACCAUGGUCUUUCGGGACACUUCAACCUUCACGAUGAGUCAAGAUGGCCCGGAGAAAUUACUACGUGCGAGAGGGAAGUGCGCCGGCGUCUGUGGUGGACCAUGUACCGACUUGAAGUUCAUACCGCCUGUGUUCUCGGGAGCAUGAUACGAUGCUCCGAGACUCAAUGCGAUGUGGGUUAUCCAUCCGGACCUCACCAUCCAGCGUUUAUACCCGGAAGAGACGGCCAAUUUGAAGACUGGUUUUCCGGUUGGAACUCCACUACAGAUCUAUAUCGCGUGCUCGAGCAUGCCGUCUCCAACUUCCGAUCAAAACACCGCAGGCACGAUUCCAUAGUGCGGGGCUCAAAUGAUGUACCUACACGAUUGCUAAUGGAGAGCCUUGGCAAGAUACAAGAACAACUUCAACCUCAAUUUGGAGCCGUGUUUUCACCAUCAUCAGACAAUGGUCGAAAUCGGUGCGGAUUCCAGGCCUGCAACAUCUUGUGCACAAUCCAUCUCGCCCGCAUGAUCACGUCACUUACGGGCGAGGACAGCUCGGCAACGGCGUGCCAAACCGCUCGAGAUAUGAUGGAUAAUAUGAACUCGAUUCCUCUCGAGUACAUACGCGCUACAGGGUCUCCUCUAUUGCAGCAAUUAGCCGGCGUCGGCCAUAUGCUGCUGGUUGUCGCAAAGAAGCAGAUGCCAUCUCAUGAAGAAUACUUGAUGCUGAGAGACGUAUCGAAUUCCAUCAUCGGCUUUCUAACUCGCUUUGGCGAAUACAGUAAGCUGGCAACGGUUGCUCAACGAAAACUCUCUGCUCAGUUGAACGACUUUGAUAAGCAUACGGCUGGGAAGUUGUUGGAGGGCUUCCCUGGCGAAGACUGUCCUACGCUUGACAAUGAUGGCACCAGGGGCCUGGACUUUAACUUGUUCACUUUAGAUUAUGAGACCGACAAUGGUUUCUUUGGUGCAAGCCUACUGCGGCCUUUGACUUGGCCAAGCAACUCCAGAAGCCUUGAAUAGAAGAAGCGUAUAGC